GGUGAGCGCUGAACUUCAGUAUGAACCAAAUGAUGGGCAUCUUGGUCCAAUAGAUUUAUAGCUGUUCUGGUCCAGCGCGACGGUCGAGUAGAAUCUUUCGAGCAAUGAUGGUGGAGCAGGAUUGCCUCCUGCUUUUGUAAUUUGUCAUGCAGGAGUAGCUAGUGUGCAUCCCGUCGACUACACAGGUGACACCAUACAUUGCACGCCUCGGAACCAUGUCAACGUAGGGGCUGAAAGCCUCGGAAUCCAAACCAGGUUUAUCUUGCAGACUCUGCCCAAAUGUUGGUAACUACUUACACUGCACAUUUCUUCCACCGGCGUUACAUUGAUUGAAAAUAAAUAAUCCGAGCCGUCACCAACACUACUAGCUCCGAGUAACCGACAUAUGUAUCCCAGGUCACGCAAAAGGCAUACAUCGUAGGGCUUUCCUUCUUUCCUUCCAAAACACACGUUUGCUACAUCCUCUUGCCCAUAUCUGCUUACCAUCGCUAUGGCUUUCGCUGGUCGAUUGCAGUUGAUGUUAACAUUUUGGCUUCUUAUUUUUCUUGCCAGACUUGUAUCAGCUACCUGCACUGUCCCCCCAAUACCUGUACGCAUUGGAAAUGUGACGUUGUCCACUGGAGAGACAGCCCGGGGUUUAGAUUUAUCCGUUGGAAACCCAGAACAACAUUUCGCUUUCUUACCCCAAUGGUGAGCUUGUAUUUCCUCAGACCAUGGACUUUCACUUACUGUAUCUAGGCCGCUAAAUAAUUCCUUCAUUUACGGAUCCGAUGGAUUCUGUGGUUCUAGCUGGUCCAGCGCGGCCUGUACGACAUUUCGUGGUGGUUCAUAUGAUGAAUUUGCAUCCAAAAGCCGUGGAGUACCAGCUGAUAAUUCAUACCCCUCCGAUGCAUCCCUCUAUCCAGCGCUUACUAUGGUAUCUGACAACAUUACACUGAGUUCAAAUGUGAGCAUUUUGAAUUUCCCAAUCGGCAUUCCGAAAGCGGAUUGGGGAGAACAAGGCUAUUACCCGCAGAUGGCCAUUGGACUAGGCGCAAAUUCUACAAUUUUGAACACGCUCUACUCAUCAGGCCAGAUCGCAUCUCGGACGUGGUCCAUGUUUUGGGGUCGUACAGGAGCGACGGCAGCGACUCAGCUAGAUGGAGGUUUCGUCUUUGGGGGUUAUGAUCGUGCCAAGGUUGUUGGGGCGAAUUACACUCGCAGUCUCACAUACUCAAGGCCAUCUUGUUUCUCUGGAAUGCUGGUCACAAUCACGAACAUGGUACUCAACUUUCCAAACGGAACGGAUGCCAGUAUAUUUGGUGGAAUUGAAUCCGACGCCAUCCAAGCAUGCAUUGAGCCAAGCUACCCGGUCUUAUUAACGGUUCCAACCGAUCCUUAUUUCAAUAACUUCGAGGAACUCACCCAACAAUCGAUAAACAACAGAUCGUUUGGGACAUACUACUAUGGCAUGAUAUAUGGCGGGGGACCUCACGACUCAACACCGUGCGUAUAUCAUAAGAAACAGACUUCUUGCAAAUGCUAACAAUUUUUCAGAUAUGCCGGUGAUUUGACCAUUGAAUUAGACUCUGGAAUUUCCGUCCGCAUACCGAAUGAUCAACUUGUGGUACCUAACCUUACAAUCGAUCAUACAUCAGGCGCUAUGAUUGCGAAUGCAUCAGAACCUGAGCUUGUCCUGAAUGCAAUUCAAGCUGUGAAUGCCAACGAUCUUCCGCAACUGGGGCGACAAUUCCUUACAGCCGCAUACCUGAUGCUGAACCAAGAUGCAGGCACAUUCACACUUUGGGAAGCCAAUCCUACUGAGAAUGAAGAUCUGGUGGCUGUUGAUGACAUGAAUACUCCUAUAGAUGAUUUUUGCUCUUCACCUUCUACACCAAAUAAUAACAGCGCCAACGGUAGUUUGGGAAACUCGAGCAUUCCUUCGACCACAAAAAGUACUUCAACUCCAGCCACGACAAUGAUAUCGACAGGGAUUAUUGUGGGUAUUGCGGUUGGAGCUUUCGUAGUGAUUGCAAUUGUUGCGGGAAUCAUUAUAUGGUGUGUCACGCAGAGGAGGAGGAAAAAUAACAUCAUUGCUGCUGCUGCCACCGCCGAGAAUGUGUCGGAGAAACAUCCUCCGGGAUAUCCAGGCUACCAGGACCAGAUUCAAUUUCCCCACUACAUCCCACAAGAACUGCAUGCAAAAGCAGUGCCCAUCAUCACACAGCAUGAAUUGCAUGCUAGGACAGCUCACCCCAGCGAACUGCAGGAAUUGCCAUAAACUUCAAAUGUGCCGGCUUCAACCUUAGACUCCAUAAAAUUUCAUGUAUAUAUCAUUUACACUUAAUUCCUAAUUGCAUAGUUUGUUAAGAUUAGAAUAGCUGUCAUGGCAGGAUUAUAGUACCAAGGCGAGAGAGCAGGAAGGAGGUCCUUCACGACCAGUUAAGAAGACCAAACUAUCAUGUACUUAGUAAUAAAUUUAGAGCAACCUUCAUGCGUGCCCAAUUAUAGAAUCAAGAAAAUUCAAGGCUACUCGAACAGAUCAUUACCUGCCACUCCGACAGGAAGAUGCAAAC